ACUCGUCAACGCGUAGCCACUAAAACAUCGCAGUGCAACAAUUAAAAACGCAUCUUUUGUUCUCCGUGAAAUUUACGAGUGAAUACAAGUAGUAAUUUAUUUCAUUUGUGUGAUCUUUGGCGACGUGUCCAUUGUGUGCUGUGUUUGUUAUCAGUGCGAUCUGAAGGUGUUGUUUUCUUUUGAAUAUUUGUGCCGCAGAACACGGAAAAAGAGGAGAGAAAAAAAGCAAAGAGGAGAAAUCGUCGAAUAGAAGAAGGGAAUAAAGGCGAGGUGAAGAUUUAUCGCGAGCGUCGAGGGAAACGCAGGGUAUAAACUGCGGAACGCUGGAGGCGGUCAGGCGACUGAGUCGGGAGCGGCGCGAGAUGGAGAAACGUUGCAUGUUUUUCACAGCGCUUGCGACCGCAACCAUUUUUGCUGUGGCGAUUUUAUUCUUCAUUAUCUAUACAACUUCUGAAGACGUUUGCACCUCCCGCCGUUGUGUCCAAUCCGCAAAUGAAUUAAUGACAACCCUAGAUCAGUCCGUAGAUCCCUGCGUGGAUUUUUACGACUUUGCGUGCGGCGGCAUACGCCGCCUCCUCGCACAAGGUGAAAAACGGCGCGCGUACAACGAAAACGAGGACAAUUUCGACGACGCGAAAGCGAACGCCGUCAGGGACAUGAUCGAAGAGCCGCCGAAUCCGUACGAUACAAAAACGCUGUCGAAGAUUAAAACUUUUUACCGCUCGUGCAUGCACGAACCGACCGGCAACGAGACCUUCACCGUCUUGGGUGGCGUGACGGCGGACGGGAUUAGGGCUGCGCUCCGGGAUAUCGGCGGCUGGCCAAUGUUGGAACGCGGCAAUUGGCGUGAGGACCGCUUCGAUUGGAUCACUACCGUGCACCAUCUCGCACGCAACGGCAUCCUUGAGGAUAUCUUCAUUCAAACCGGCGUUCAGACCAAUCAAUAUGAUAUUACAAAAUAUAUUCUUUCGAUACGCAUAUCAAAUGACUAUUUGGACGAUGCCAGAAUCAAUACCGAAAGCGAUAAGAAGUUACUCCUCGAAUAUUCGCUGGAAAUAGCGCUGUUUUUCGGCGUGGAUCGCAUGCGAGCCGAACGCGACUUGCGCGAUAUUAUGGAGUUUCUUGAACAAUUAAAAAAAAUUCGUCAGGCGACAAGAAGUAACGAAGCUAUAAAUGUUUUUAAUCCGCGUUCGAUAACUCAGCUGCAACACGACGUCCCAAAUUUGUCCUGGCGUGCUUACAUCAACGAAUUGCUCGGUCCCGGGCUGGAAUUAAGCGCCGACGAGUUUGUCAAUGUGCCGAACGUCGACGAGCUCAAACGUCUCAUCGAUUUGCUCCACCGAACGCCGAAAAAAAUCCUGGCGAAUUACCUCUGCUGGCGUAUUGUACAAACCUACGCACCUUAUUUCAUCGAAAAGGGUGGCUUACAUGAACGACUCGCAAAGUUUCCAAAGUUUCAUUCACGCUGGAAUCGUCGUGAGAUUUGCUCAAGAUUAAUUCGCAAAACAAUGGAAGACGCAGUAGAAACAUGCUACGUGCAUAGAUACGUAACCGAUGACGUGAAACGCGCCGCUAAAGAAGUCGUAGACGCAAUCCGGAAGCAGCUUAUUAACACCGCCGACCAACUGGAUUGGUUGGACGAAGACGCACGGCGUGUGGCGCUCGAAAAGCUCGCGAGUGUUCGAGACUACGUCGCCCACGCGCCACCGGACGCGCCGCCGACAUGGCCGGAAGUUUACGAGCGCCUCGACUUUGCCGAAGACCGCUUCGUGGCCAACCUGAGGGCUCUACAGGCGGCCAACGCCGACAUUAAGUAUCGCAAGCUACGCCAGCCGGUUGUUCAGCACGAAUAUCGAGAGAUAGAAUAUUCGGUCAUAAAUAAUUACUUGGUGCUGCCAUCUGAUUAUCUUCAACCAUUUUACAUCGAUGCAUCACGACCCAUGUACAUGAACUUUGGUCUUUUGGGAACACUGAUAGCCCAUCAACUAUCGGAAGUUUUCCUCGAAGGACGACGUUAUGAUUCUCAUGGUGAACUCCGCGAAUGGUCAACUUCACAAAGUCUCUUCAAUUAUGACAAUAAAACACGUUGUUUAACUAAACAAUACGAACAAUUUCACGUGCCUGGAUUCGGCCCUAAUAUAAAUGCAUCGGAAACUCAACUAGAUGACGUCGCAGUGCUCUUCAGUAAAUUAAUCGCAUACAAAUCGUACAUAUCCUGGUUGGAUUCGCACGAGUCAGAAGGACGCCUGCCAGGACUCCAGUACUCCACCAGACAGCUGUACUGGAUCGCAAGCGCGAUGGACGAAUGCCACCGCCAGCAGACACCGCUACCGCCGCCACCGCCGCCACAAUCGGCACGAUCCAUUUCGAAAUUGCGCGUCGUGGGCCCGCUGCGAAACGCGGAGGACUUUGCGGAAGACUUCCGCUGCCCGAUCGAUACCUACAUGCAUCCGGCGGAGAAAUGCGCGCUGUGGUAGUCCAAGAACCCACCCCCGGCGGCGGCGGACAAGUGCCGGCUCAUUAUGUUAAAGGGCGUCAUUAAUUAACCACGUCUUUAAUGAACCGCAACGAAAACAAGAAGAAGAAAAAAUUAAUCAAAGUAAAAACUUAUUUUUUCUCUGUUUUCUCUGUUUUUUUCUAUGUAUAAGAUUUAAAAAAAACAUUUCACAGUUGGUAAAA